AUGCGACUCUACAGCUUAUUUAUCCUUGUCGCGCUGCGCUACGUCCAAUGUAAAGCUGUCCAAGCCUCGGUCGUGUUCUCUUGCACCGAUAGCUCCAAGCUCUCAGGAAUGGCCAGAUUCGGCGCCUGUAUGGAGAAGAUCGACAAAACGGAUCCUAAACUUCCACCAAACCAGGUUGGCAAGGACUGGCUUGCCCAUGAGGCCGUACGGCUCAAUCCGAAGGACAACAGCUUCAACUGUGAAAAGUUGGAAAAAAAUGGCAAGCACAGAAUCAUGGGUGCAAAUUUUUGCUGCUCCCCCGCAAUUUCGGACCCGGCUAUGACUCAAAAAGAGGUUGAUACCUACUGUUAUCCCGUGAAGUCCAAAUAA